AUGGAUCAUGACAAAAAGCAAUUUUGGACACAUCGAACAACAUCAUCUAUAUCAGCACUUUCACUGCUAGCUAUCCCAUUAUUUUCACGAACUCAAUACCCAGCCGGCGGAAAACAUCUUGCGCCUCUUCUUCAUCUAAUAAUUCCUGGUAUUGAUAUGAAUGAUCCAAUCAAAACAAUAUCUUCCUUGGUAUUUGUUACCCAUACGUUAAUGGGCGUGCCAUUGAGUGAUUUGACAGAUGGUAAUAAUGAUCCUAGUUCUGGAUUCCGUUGGACUGGCAUAGAUAUUUAUGAGAGAGAAAAGGAUGAAAUGGAAAUUGAUGGAGAAGAAGAAAAUGCAUUAUGUAAAGCCGGUACUUCAGAAUUUGAAGAAUGGCUGGCAAAGUUUUAUAGAAGAAUCUUUACUAUAUUUGAAUAUCUUCCACAACAAGUACGUAGCAAAAUGAAUAUGGAAACUGGCUUGGUUACUGUUCUAUUGCAUGCAUGUGAAAUAGUUGGAAAUCAAUUGUCAGAACAUCUUCAAAGCAUGGCCUUAAAAAUGGUUAUAGAUUUUGCAUCAACAACUAUUUUACAAAAUGCUAUAAAACCAAUGGGCUUUUUAUGUUCAACUUUAACAAAUGCUAAUAAAAAAAAAGCACUUGCGCAAUUCAUUCCAUUAUGUCAUUCAAACAUCUCAGUUGAACUUCAACAUGGCGCUUCCUCCACACCAACAACAUCAUCAACUCAUCAUAUUCAAUCAGACACAACCCUUCACUGGUAUCAAUGUAUUUUAUAUCAUGUGGUUAUGACUAGUGGACAAGAUUUGCUUAUACAUAAAAAAGAAUUGUUGGAGUUGGCAAAUGAGAUGGUACAAAAGUGUCGGUCAAGAAAAGGAUAUAUGUGGACAGGGAAAUUCUUGAGAAUGAUGUUGAUUGCAUUAACACACACCUAUCCUUUGGAGUUUAGAACUGUAGACAUAGAACAUUAUCAAAAAAACCAUCAUAAAUAUUGGAUGGAACCAGGUGAUCUGAAUAACGUCAAUAUAAAUUGGCAUGUUCCAACCAAUGAAGAACUUGAUUUUGCAAUGGAAAUACUCGAUAUAUUUUUACAACCAACAAUCAAGCGAAUUAAAGAAUUGAUGGAAACUGGAAUUGACGAGGAAGGAACAGUAUUAAGUAAUCGAGAAAUGGCACAUGAGUUUUGUCGUCGAUUAAGUGUUAUCAGAAAUUGUAUUAGUGGAAUGACAACUUUAGUAGAAGAUGAUGGUGAAAUUGAAGACUCUGAUUUCAAAGACGAGGACACUGAAGCAAUUUAUCCAACAAAAAGCAUACCAGUAGGUUAUUGUUUUACAGAUAAAAAUGAUCCACGAAGACAAAUUGCACGAAAUUUACGUAGGGAAGUUGGAGAAUUUCUUCAUCAACUUGUAACUUAUUUCCGUACUAAACGAGAAGAUGAUGUUGAUAGUUUAAAAAUUAUUCUGAAGAUGACCAAGUUAUAUUUAACAGAUCGAGGUGUAGAAAAGUAUAAAUUCGAUUCUGUUAGACGCGGAUAUCAAUAUUCAAAGGGAAUGUUAAAAACUCCUCAUCACGAUAAAAAAUAUCCUCGAUAUUUGUUGGUAAAACGAACAUAUCAACAACAUUUAUGUCGUUUGAAACAGAAUUCUUUUGGCCGAAGUAGAGCAAAACUACAUGACGAUUUACUAAAAGACUUGGCAGAACUUUCAUUAAGUUCAUAUUCAGAAAUAAGGAGGAUAGCACAAUCCUACCUUACCAAUGCAUCAAGAUGCUUUAUCGGCGCCAAACCACUUAUAAUUCCAAUUUUGUUGAAAGCUCUGGAGCCUGGUGAACAUUCAAACUCGGAGAGAAUGAAGGGUGCUUUGUACUUGCUUGGUUCAAGGACAUAUAUGUAUACCUGUUUAAGAGAUUGGAGAUUUGUUCCAUUAUUUAUAACUAGGAUCUGUCUAGCACAACACAAUGAUAAGCCUUCUAUUCAAGAAAUGAUACGUAAAGUCUUUUAUGAAUAUCUUAUGAACUACAAUAACACCGCAUUCAAAACAAUUCUCACUGACAGUUUAGAUGAUGCAAUUUGUCGAGCUUUGGAUACGUUGUCAUUAAAACUUGACGAGGAUAAGUAUGAGAGGAUUUCACGUAAAACUAAACAAAGAAUGGAUUUGCAAAAGACUAGUUAUUUUGAACUUGCACCAACAUCUGUUGAAUUGGCCGAAUUUGCUGUGAAUAAUUUACUUUCAGAACUUCCAGCAAUGAGACGUAUUGCCAUUUCAACAACUACAAGAAUAUUAUUUCAUAUUAAACAAAGAACAUUUCUUGAGGGUGAUCCUGAACUUAUUACAUUGGGAAAAUCAACUAAUCCUCUAAAGAAAACGCUUUAUGUAAAGUCUCCACUCCCAACUGGGUUUACAGAUAAUUAUCUAGAAUCUGGUGUUACUCCAAUUGAAAGUGAAAACGAUGCAAAAAACUUAAUAUUACAGGAUAAGACAAAUAUCGGCUGGUAUGUUUGGCCUGAAAAGCUUCAGUACUAUGUGCCACGUACCAAUUCAAUCACUAUGCCAGCAGUUGAUAAUUUAUCUAAUCCAGCUUAUCUUAAACUGCUUGAGAAAUUUUCUGAAAAUAGUUUCUGGUCUUCAUUUAUACUGUAUUUGUCACAGGAAUCUACUCGUGAUAGAGAAGAUGUUUUCUCCGUUAUCAAUGCAAAUCUUUUUAAAAGUAUUUUUCAAAUGUACGAAGAUUCAUUUCUAGAAAUUAUUAUACCAGAAAUUACAAAAUUGUGUAAAUCAACGGAAAAGCAUCAGCAGAGAGCAGUGUCAGAAAUUAUGGCUGGCAUUGUGAGAGGAAGUAAACAUUGGAAAUUGGAAAGUUUAAAAAGUUUAUGGAGUUGGUUGAUUCCUUUGCUUGAAAAUACAUUUAAUCUAAUCACACCAGAUUCAUUAAUAUAUUGGGAAAAAUUUCUUGGCUAUUGUUUGAGAAAUAGAGACCCUCGCCGUGUUCUUCCUAUUAUUGAACUGAUAUUGAAAUCAAAGGUCGACUUGACAUCACAUGCUUCUUUUGCUGAAGCAAAAAAACUUUCUUUUGUGAAUACUUUAUUUAAUUCAUUUUCAUGGCGUAUGAUACCAAAAUCCAAACCAUUACUUGAAGUUUAUUUUGAAAAUCUUCGGCAUCCUUAUAAACAAGUACGUGAUGUGAUUGCAGCAAAUAUAAACUUGCUUUUACAAAUACAAUGGCAUCCCUCUGCAUCAAACAUUGAUGAAAUAUUAGAGAGUAAUAUAAAAUGUGGUAAUGGCAUGGGGUAUGUUCCCAUGAGUAUGGAUGUAAAUUUUAAACAAACAUUGGAUGAAUCAGUUAGAUUAUUAGCGAUUUGGAAAACAGAAAAGAAACCAGCUUCAGAAGGAUCAUCGGAAUAUGGAAAUGCUGGCAAAACCGCAUCUGGAACCUAUUAUUUGAUAUUGCCAUUAUUGCCCUCAAUAUUUCAAAUGCAAGAUGUUAACGAUGAUCAAGAUCUACAAACAGUAUCAACCCUUGUUUUAAACAUAAUUGCUUCAUUUCCAUAUCCGCCAGAUAUGGUUCCAUUGAUUAUUGAUAAAUUUUUAGAAAUUUUGACCGAAUCAUCCAGUUGGCGUAUCAGAGUAAAAGCAUUACCUGUUUUGCAAAUCUUUUUUUUCAAACAUUUAUUUAUGUUAAAUAAAAGAGAAAUGAUUAAAGUUAUGAAUGUUGUUUCCGGAAUGUUAAAAGACAACCAAAUAGAGGAGCAAUUUUCAAAACUAUUGGAAACUAAAAUUCCUCCAAGAAAGAAAACAAAUCAAGCACCACGUGCAGCCCUUCCGCUCGGUUUUCAAGAGGCAAUCCUUACACGCCAUGCUGGUGUACUUGGUCUUUCAUGUUUAAUUGAUGCAUUUCCAUAUGAAGUGCCAAAAUGGAUGCCUGAUGUUCUUGUAAAAUUAGCGAACUGUAUAUCUGAUCCUGUACCAAUACAAACAACUGUAAAGAAAACAUUUGCAGAUUUUAGAAGGACGCACCAGGAUUCUUGGCACGAAGAUACGAAACAAUUCACUGAAGAACAAUUAACACUUCUUUCUGAUAUAUUAAUAUCACCAUCUUAUUAUGCAUAG